AUGAAAGAUACGGAAUUAUGCAGUGAUCCCGACGAAAUAUCCAAUCUCUUAGGAAACUUCUUCUGCCAUAAUAGUUCAGAUCAAAACUACAACACAGCCUUUCUUGAAAAUAAUAUACAUAUGAGGAAACAACAUUUUAUAUCCAACAUAAACCCUUGCUUAGGCGAACAGACAAAACUCAACUCUCCAAUUCUGUUAGCCGAUAUGAGUAGAGUUUUAUCUAAAUGCACUAGUGUCGCCCCUGGACCAGACGGAAUACCGUAUAAAUUUAUACAUAACCUCUUUAUUUCCGCCUUAAACGAAAUUAUUAAUGUAUUCAACAAAAUAUGGGCAUCCGGACGCAUACCACAAAAUUGGAAGCACUCCAUAAUCAUUUCAAUACUCAAACCGGAAAAAAACAAAUUUGAAGUUAAAUCAUACAGACCAAUAUCACUCCUGAAUACCAUGGCAAUGAUACUGGAAAAAAUUAUUGAUUCCAGACUCAGAUGGUUCCUGGAAAAUAACAAUAUUUUGGGCUCCCGCCAGAACGGUUUCCGGAGACAUAGAAGUACUACUAAUACAUUACAUGACAUCCAACAGGAAAUAUAUUCAACUCUCGAAGAAAAACAUUUGAUGGGCCUCGUAGCCUUCCACAUAUCAAAAGUGUUUGUUCAAAUUUGUUUCUAA